UGUGUGCGUGUGUGUGUGUGUGCGCGUGUGUGUGUGUGUGCGUGCGUGUGUAGAAGAGAGUCAGUAAGACUACAUGUAAAUUGUGUCGUCGUGUUUUUCUCUGUGGUCAAUACUGUAGUGUGGACGUUAGUGAGUUGUUGUCAUUAGAUGUUAAUAAUGGUGUGUUUUUAUCUUCUCCUUCUUCUCCACAUCACUGCAGGCUGCAGACUGGAAGGAAACGGUGAGAUAAAACCGAUCACUGCAUACUCAGGAGACUCAGUACUGCUGCCCUGCUCCUGCACUGACCUCCACACCAAACCUGAGACACACACAUGGAAGAAAUACACAGAUGGAAAUAACUGGGUAGAGAUAUCUCCUGAGAGAGAGCAGUACAAAGGCAGAUUUCAGCUGGUUAAUGAUCUCUCUUCAGGAAAUCUCUCUCUGCUCAUAUCACACCUGACUGAAGAGGAUGGAGGAGUUUACAUGUGUGAUCCUAAAGGGAGUGAAUACAGAUAUUUCAGACUCACUGUUAAAGGUUGCACAGUGAAUCGUCAGACAGUGACUGUGACUGGAUACGUGGGACAGUCUGUCCUUCUGCCCUGCUCCUGCUCUGAACUACAAGCCAAACCACACACUUUCAGAUGGAUCUAUUUUAAAGGAUCUGAUCGCAAAGAAAUCUUCCCAAAGGACGAGACAAAUCGCUACACAGACAGAGUUCAGAUCUUUAAUGAUCAUCUUCCAGUAAAUCUCUCUCUACUCAUAUCACACCUGACUGUAGAGGAUGGAGGAUGGUACAGGUGUAAGAUCAGCAACACUGACUUUAAAGACGUCUCAGUCGAAGUAAAAGACGCACCAACAAGACCUUCAACAUCCAGACCAGUGAUCACAACAACUUCACCUAAUCCUGAACCAGCUACAAAACCAACCCCAGUGGUCAAUGACAACACAACCACACGCUCUGAAACAUCUUCUGUGAAAGACGCACCAACAAGACCUUCAACAUCCAGACCAGUGAUCACAACAACUUCACCUAAUCCUGAACCAGCUACAAAACCAACCCCAGUGGUCAAUGACAACACAACCGCACCCUCUGAAACAUCUUCUGAAACAGAGCGUCUUCCCUUCGUCCCCUUCGCCGUGGUGACUGUGAUCUUUCUGCACAUCAUCGUGGCUGUGGUCUAUUGCAGAACCAGAAAGAAAGGUCCUGAUAGAGUUCAUUACAGCAGAGCUGAUGGAGAUGGAGCAGUGAGUCUGCAGUAGAGAAGAACAUCAACAGAAGAUACACACAUUUAAUAGCAAUCCUACACACCUGAUUAAACAAGAAAGUGUAAACUCUUCUGUCCUAAAGACUUUCCUGUAUACUCUUUCCAUAAAAGUUACAUAAAUAUCUCCUCAUCGUUUCAACAGUUAUACAUCAUUGUUAAAUAAAAAUGUGUUUUAAAUGUGUUUAUUAUUUGGCUGAGGUCAUGUGGAGCUAAAAGAUUUGCUGAUUCACAACUUCAGAGUCCUUUUCGGUGAGUGUGACCUCUACUGGCUGGGAGGAGAAAUGUCCCGAGACAUCAUCACAUGCAUUUAAUACCUCGUCCACCUGCGGCUUGAUGAAAUAAAGCUAAUAAACAAAACAACUCCAGUUAUGUGUGGAGAGAUAUAGAUAUAUCUUGUUCUCUUUAUUUCCUGAUUAUUAAAUCUAUUAAAUGUCUCAUCAGUGUCUUUUCUCUCUUGUUUAAUAAAAGCCAAGUAUUUGGGA